AUGGUCACGAAGCUCAUGGAUGUGGCGGAAAUCCGCUUUACCCAGGAGCAUGUCUACGACACGUUCAAUGCCAACUCGGAGCGCGCCGGCAGCGUCUUAGACCUCAUGGACUCCAUCCUUCGAGGUGAGAAGACUCCUUGGGACAUUCCCCUGAUUCGUGUGGCUGCCAAGAAAGGCGCGUACUGGUGCGUGGAUAACCGCCGGCUUUUCACCUACAAGCACCUGCGGCUGGGAAAGAUACCGGUCGAGGUUUUCAAUUGGAAGGACAACCGUGAGUUCGAGUUGAAGUACAAGAAUGGCUUGCCGUUCCGGCAGCAGACGAGCAACGGACUCCGGAUCGGCUUGCUUCAGCGAAGCGAUCGGCCUUUCCCGAGGAGCCCAGUGGCUGAACCCACUCUGUCAAAGCUCACUAAGCUUUUCAGUGCGGCACAACAGCGGAAGCAUGAGGCCGACAUCGUGGCGCUGGCGAAGAGGCGCGCCCAGGAAGCACAGGAUGAGGCCGGUGAAGCCUCUGGCGUGGCGACUUCCUUGGAGGACGUGCUCCAGGGCACCAAGGAAGGCGAAGUCGAGGAAGCGCCAAAGAAGCGAAAGAAGAAGACGGGGAAGGUGUUAUCCGCCAAGAAAAAGGCAAAGAAGGUCCAGAAGGGCCUGCCUGAGGCCAGCUGUGGUGGCGAGAAGCUCACUGUAACGAUGGAGAAGGAGGAUUCGGACGAUGAGGAGUUCGAUGUCGAGAUCACAGUGCGCGGCACCCUCUUCAUGAUUGCGGAGCACCAGGUGUCGCGGACUGCCGCCGGCACGGAUGUCCUGUUCGACCCACCCCUGCAUGUGGAUGACUCCUUAGACGAUCUGAAACGCCGCGCGGCAGCCGCUCUGAAUGUGGGCUAUCGCCAAGUUACGAUCCUCUCCGGGGAGCGCUGUUUGGAAGGCAAGGACUCCAUUUCGGCCGCCCUUGGGGACGAGGACCCCACACAGCUGAGCGUGCUUGUCGUCGCUGCCGCGAAGGUCUACAAGAGCGAUGUAAAUCGGGCCUAUCAAGAAGUUGGUUUUCUGAAGCAGCAGCCUGUUACGUUUCCGCCGCCCACGGACAUCAACGUGAAUAUGUUGCCUUUCACCCUCGGCAACAAGGAGUCCUUGCCCGCGUACUUGCAGGGAUACUGGCCGCUCAUUUCCGCCUGCCGAGUUCAGGAAGAGGAGACACAGCAGUUUAUUGAACGAUAUCGUGGCACAGGGAACUGUGAGCUGCAGAUGGCUGGCCAUGCCUUGGAUCAGGGAGCAGCCGAGCGCAAACACGUGGUGGCCAUGGUGUGCGCUGCCAUGUCUGCUCGGGCCCAGGUUCGCUCCAACGAGCAUCCGAUGUGGCGAGCCUUUCUCAAGACUCUCUCGCCAGAAUACAGAAUCCCAGAACGACACAGGAUUUGGAGCCUCAUCAAAGAGCUUGAUGAGGCCAUCUCUUGCAAAUUGAGAGAGCUGCUGAGUGAUGCUUCUCAGAUGUGGUUCCUCACCAGUGACGGGGCGACCAGCAAGGGUGAGGGCUUGCUCUCGAUCGAUUGCAGAAACUCUCAUGGUGACUGUUACCAUUUAGCUUUGAUCAAUGGGGAAUGGCGAAAGCAAGAUGCUGUCUGGAUCAAGCAACAAUUGAAAGUGGCAGACCCAGCCAGGACACAGCUAGCACUUGCCGGAAAGCAUUCCGUCUCCUUGCGGAAGAGUUACGAGUCUCACGAACGUGCUCACAAUGCACAGAAGGUGAUUCUAAAGAGGAAGCGUGCACGGGCCUUUGUGACGGGCGCCCAGAAGCAUGCAGUAUCUGUUGGGAAGCUGCGCCGUCUCCGAAAGCUCAGAGUGAUUCGAAGAACCCGAUUCAAUUCCCGGGUGCAAGUCCUUGACUCCUUUCUGCUCAACACUCCGCUGAUGCGGAGGGUCAUUGCAGCUCCUGCCUUUGCGGCCACCAUGCAGGUUGACAACGCCAGGAAGCAGAAGAGGGUGGACGAGGCUAUGAAAGCUUGGUCUUACGAUGCCACAUACCACAGAGCACGACGUGCUCUGAUCAUUGGAGCUCCUUGCGCCGUUCUUACCCGCAGAGUUGGCGGUGCAGACUUUUUCAAAGCCCACGCUGCCUGGCUGCACGCCCGCAACGACAUCAUCAAGGCCGUCGCCGACCAUGACUUCGUGGAUCACAAACGCAAGGAGACAGAGGCAGUGCUCCAGACUCGAAGGAAUGCCAUGGCUGAGAUUUUGGACAAGCGCUCUGAGGCUUACUGCACCGCUGCCCACAAGGCUGCAUUCGUUUUGGACCCCCGGCUGCAAGACUACGUCAACGACCCCGAUGCAGAUGAAGAGCUUGGCUUCUCUUUCACGCAAGCUCGACAGGACGCCGCCUAUGUGCUCAACAGCGAGUACCUCCCAAAGUUUUUCUCCGAGCCCACACAGGUCAGGCAAGCCCAGUCGGCUGUUCGCGACUACUUGGCACACUCCGGGCCCUUCAAGAAUGUCACUUGGCCCGACAAGAGUGCUUCCGUCGCGGAUGUGGUGGGGUUUUUCGAGACCGGCCAGCCAUCCUGGUUCCUGCGUGAAUUGGGCCUGCACUUUGCAGCCCUUGCAGGCUCCCAAGGCAUGUCCGAAAGAACUUGGGCAACACUUAGUCGCCAAGCUCAGCCGAUCCGUGCCCGACUCAUCUACCCUGCCAAGAAACGGUUGUUGAACAUCGCCGCCAACUGGAAGCUUCUUUACCCGGACCUUGCUCCCAUGCCGCCAGAGAGGAAGCGUCGAAGGCAUGAUUUUGAGAUUCCGACCCUCGCAAGUCGUCGUGCCGGUCCAUCGGAGCCCGCCGCUGAAGGUCCACAACGCUGUGAUGAGUCGUCUUCCUCUACGAGCUCCUCCAGCUCGUCCUCUUCCAGCAGCAGCAAUGUGCGCGAGAUUCCCGACCAAAAUGAAGAUGAAGAUCAAGGCUUUCCAGGUGAUUCGCUUGUGGAUGAUUUGGAGGGUAGCGAUGCCCCUGAAGAGGCAGUAGCUGCCAGUGCCUUGCGUGCUUUGGGCCUGGAGCCCUGA